AUGGAAAAGGCAAUUCUGGAUUUGGUGUUGUGCAACAAACCAGAUUUGAUGAGAAAGCUUCAGGUAAAAGAGCUUCUAGGAGGCAGUGGCCAUAAUAUGAUAACAUUCAACCUGCGGUUUGAGAUGGAGAAGAUUAAAUCAGACGUGUUGGCAUCACUGUUGAGUAAAGGUGAUGACAGAGGCAUGAGGGAGGAGCUGGCUAAAGUUGAUGGGAACUGGACCGUAGCAGGAAUGACGGUGGAACAGCAAUGGCAGGAGUUUCUGGGAGUAAUUCAAAAGAUGCAGGAUAUUUUCAUCCCAAAGUGGAAGAAAGAUCCUAAUGGGCCUGUCCCACUUAGGAUUGUGAACAUGCUCUCAGUCUCUUACCCCCCUCCCCCGCAACCCUCUGGGGGUGGCGAUGCAACCAGAAGGCACUUUGCUACAAAGCACCGCCCCCAAGUUGCCUUGGCCCGGACACACGGGCGAGUGCAGCCAGCCAGGCAGCAGGGCAGUGGCAGUGUGAAGCAAGCAAGCAAGCAAGCCGGGUUGCUUUCAUUCACCAUGAGUGCACGCUUUGAGCCGGGGGACGACCCCCUCGCCUUGACUGUGGAGACUGAGCGUGAUCGUGAGGCUGAGGUGGGACAGCAGGGCAGCGGGGAGUCGGCAGCGAGUCGCGGCUACACUGCGGUGCCAGGGACGGGAGCAGCCAACACACGCUUCAACCUCGCGUCCUGCUGUCGCUCGGACAAAGUGGCAAACGACCCAAGUGACCAGCUGCCAGAUGAUGAACAGAAAGAGUUUCAAGUGGCUAUUCUGGAGCAUGAGAUGGGGGUGGUUGAAGGAUUAAUUACUGCAGAUGAUGAACAGAAAGAGUUUCAAGUGGCUAUUCUGGAGCAUGAGAUGGGGGUGGUUGAAGGAUUGCGAGUGGACCAGGCUGAGGUGGGACAGCAGGGCAGCGGGGAGUCGGCAGCGAGUCGCGGCUACACUGCGGUGCCAGGGACGGGAGCAGCCAACACACGCUUCAACCUCGCGUCCUGCUGUCGCUCGGACAAAGUGGCAAACGACCCAAGUGACCCGCUGCCAGUGGCAGAGAAGAAGCCUAAAUGGGUAGGCCUUGGAUUAUGUUACGCCUUGUUCUCCUGUUUAUUCUUUUCCUCCGUUUCCCUUUUGGUGAAGAAAGUUGAAGGAAUCCAUUCCCUGGAAAUCAGUGGGAUUCGAUGUUUAUUUCAGUGGUUGUUUACAUUCCCGAUUAUUAUCUACAAAGAAGUGGACAUUCGCGGACCCAAGGGCCUCAGAGUGUUGCUUUUCUUGCGGGGUUUCCUCGGUGCCACGGCCAUGAUGUUGCUCUUCUACGCCAUUCAGCAGAUGCCUUUGGCCGACGCCACGGUCAUCAUGUUCAGUAACACAGUCUUUGUCUCUAUCUUUGCGUGGAUUUUUCUGAAGGAAAAGUGCACCCUGCUGGAUCCCAUCUUCAUCAUUUUCACGUUGGUCGGGGUGGUUCUCAUCGCGAGGCCACGCUUUCUGUUUGGCGCUCACGUUGCUGGGCUUGGAGGCGACUACAAGAGCCACAUCAAGGGGACGGCCGCUGCUUUUGGAAGUGCGAUCUGUGCAGCAAUCACCCUGAUAGUGAUCCGGAAAAUGGGGAAGUCCGUCCACUAUUUCCUCUCCAUUUGGUACUACUCCUCGGUGGGAACCAUCCUCAGCGUGUGCGCAGUGUCAGUAAUCCAAGAAUGGAACUUGCCCUUCUGCGGGAAGGACCGAGCGUUUUUGAUCCUGAUCGGCCUACUGGGGGUAGGAGGGCAGGCCUUCCUCACCAAAGCCUUGCAGAUAGAGAAGGCUGCGCCCGUGGCACUUAUGAAGACCAUGGAAGUGGUCCUCGCCUUUAUAUUUCAAUAUUUCUUCCUAAAUCGCUCUCCUACCUGGUGGAGCUUAGGAGGGGCUCUCUGUGUGACGUGUGGCACCAGUGGAGUUGCUAUUCAGAAGUGGUACACCAACACCAGAAAAGCAAAGACAAAUCAAAAUUAACCAAUGCCCUUUAUAUUUGGAAAUGAGAGACAUCUUCUCAGGAACGCGGCUAAAAUUUGAAACUAGUUAUUGUUCAAUUGCCAUUUUUCUGAACACUGACUAAAUACUCAAAAUGAUAAACCAAGAUUUUCUCAGGAUAAUGCACCUAUUAAAACAAUUGUUUAAAAGGCUGCAUAUUUGAAGUUUUUUUAAUGAUUUGGACUUCUUGCAUUUGAAAUCCAGUUGCAAUAAAGUUGUAUAAUUGUGUGUGA